GGAGAAGUUGUCAAGGCAACAGACAAAGCAGAAAGGCGGGAUGUGGCUAUUAAUACUUCCCCCGCUGCAAUCCAGAUCCACAUUACUCGUCCCAUUGGCCGUGCUUGUCGGCGCUCAUUGGGCUCCGAAAGAGACCAUGAUUCCAAUCCCGCAGCUAAUUCCGUUGCCUUCAUGUGCUCGCCCCUGCGUUGGCUGCCGUUGUUGAUGGAUCUUGUGAUGCAUGCGCGGAACAGAGAGCUUUGCUGCACCCGGAGGGUUAGAGAGUUCCGCCUGUUUCACAAGCCUCCUCAACGCCGUGCGUUUGGACUUUGAGUCUGCGGGACUCGGUGCAGCAUCCCCACGAUGCAAUGUAGAUUGCGGUGAGGGAGGAGGAGAUUCGUUCCCUUGGGGAUGUUUGGUUUAUAACUCUCUGCGUUGCAGUCCUCAGUUCCUACGUGCUGCUCCAUUGGUCUCCCCGCACAUACUCCCCCCGGAAAGGAUCAUGUAGUGGCGAAUCAGUUGGUGGAAGAUGUGGAGCCCCUCGAGGAACAGAUGCAGGGAUGGAGUGGAGCAGCGCUUGACGUGGGUUUGUGCAAUUCGAGGGUUUGCUCGCGUUUAAAGAAUAGCAGAGUGCAAUGGGGGUGAUCACUUCCACGCAAUGGUAACACAGCAGACGCAUUCUUGCAGCAAUGGCUCUAAGCCAACAGGAGGUGUAGUUGUCUUCCAGUAGUUAGGUUCUCUCAGCCUUGGAACCAGACUUUGCAGCGAGUACUACUGCAUCCUACCAGAUGACCGAAUUGGAGGAGUACUUUCGGCUGCUUCUUCGAUCAUGCAGGGCAUGUACAAGUAAAAAUCAUGAGACAUACUGCAUACCGUGCUUCAUAUCUCCCUAAAUGCCCCAACUCUUCCCUUGAGAACUGUAUUUCCGUCCUCUGACAAGACCGAGAUGAGAGAAAACUAGCACCUAAGUAAGUCCACACACAUGACGGGGCCUACUGGAAAGAUUGUAACUUUGCUGCUAGUGGUGUUGAUUUUACUCAAUCAUGGGACCGCGUCUGCUCAAACGUUGCGAGAGGAUGAAGAGAACCUCAUUGCCUUCCUCAGGAAUGUCCUACCUGACUACUCCUUGGUAUUCAACUCCUCAGUCCCAACGUGCCAAUGGGAAGGCCUCACAUGCAUUGGGUUGGGUGCCCAACAGCGGAUUUAUACGUUGAACCUUGGUGGAUUAAGCUUGAAUGGAUCCAUUCCGAACAAUACCUUGGGUGCUCUCACGGCUCUGACGGUCCUGGAACUCUCCAACAAUUUCCUUUCAGGAAGUAUCCCAUAUGACAUCUUCAACCUGCGAAACCUGAUGCACUUGGGGCUUGCCAACAACAGACUAACUGGAAUCCUACCACAGUGGAUCAACCUCUACCAGCUAUUGAAGUUAGACCUCUCAGAAAACCUUCUCAGCGGGGCAUUACCUAAUUCUCUUGGCAAUUUAAGGAGUCUUAAUGUCCUGGAUCUCCAUGGCAACAACUUCACCGGGCCCAUGCCUAUGCUUAAUAAUACCAGGUUCCUCAGAUACCUUGAUUUAUCCUCGAAUGGAAUCACAGGCAACGUGCCGUACCAAAUCUUCUUUUCUCUAAGCCAAGAGCUGGCUCAACUGAACUUGAGUAGCAACCUUCUCACUGGUCCAAUUCUUCCGGAGUUUAAUUGGCUAUGGCAGAUCCGCGUCCUAGACCUUUCAAACAAUGGCUUCGAAGGUGAAAUUCCGGAUCUUUCCAACUUGGGACAGCUCCGGCAGUUCAAUGUCGCCUCAAACAAUCUGCACGGUAUGUUACCGGUGAGUAUCACCAAGAUUCCCUACUUGCGGUCUCUCUCAGUGGCCAAGAACAGACUCUGGGGUCCUCUGCCUCCACUACCGUGGGGUACCAGCAGUGAAAAAAUUCGAUUUAUUGACUGCAGCCAUAAUUUUUUUAGUGGGCCCAUUCCGAACGGUUUACUCGCCUCAGAGAAUCUGGCAGUGGUUCGACUGACAAGGAAUUGGUUCUCAGGCCCUAUACCUGGUAACUUCACCACACUGCUAGAGGAAUUGGACCUUAGUUGGAACAACUUUACUGGCAACAUCCCAGAAACGUUGGCCAACUUGCCCUUACUGACGAAGCUAGAUCUUUCUGCAAAUCGUCUCAACGGGAGUAUUCCGAUGGGUCUAGUUAAGAAGACUUCACUGCAGCAUUUGAGCUUAGCGGCGAAUGAGUUCGAGGAGGGAUCUCUUCCAGACUUAAGCCAUGCAGGGAGUCUCGUGUACCUCAACCUUUCAUCAUGCAACAGAAAUGGCUCCAUUCCAGACUCGGUCGGUGAAUUGCAGAGCUUGGUACAUCUAGAUCUGUCUCACAACCACGUCACCGGCCCCAUCCCUGAAAAUCUGUCUCUGACAACUAACAUAACGACUCUAGACUUCUCUUACAAUAACCUGAAUGGACAGAUCCCUCCGGCGCUUGGUUCACUGAAUCUGAGUAGCUUGGAUCUCUCCUUCAAUAACCUGACUGGUGAAGUGCCAAACCAGUGGAUUAAGUUUGCUAAUACGUCAUUUACUGGAAAUUCAUUUCUCUGUGGAAUUGUGAAUAGACCUUGCCCGGUUGGUGACACUUCCACUGCUCCUUCGGCUCUCCCUUUGCCAAACCCUUCUCCUGAUCCUGCACUACCUCCGCUAAUUGAUCAUCCCCCAAUCGUGAGGGGAAAAGGACAUACCAGGAAAGACAUGGAAGCAGGUGCUGUCUUGGGUAUUGUGAUUGGACUCUGCCUGGCUUUCUGUGCUUUACUUAGCACAUACAUGCUGUUUCACAAGAAGCGCAAAAGGUUUAAGAAAAAGCCCAGGAAAGAUAACUCCAGUUACCUUACAGGUCCUCUGACGUUUGAGUCGGACCCUUGUGGAUGGGCAUGCCAAGUGCCGCAACCAGCGUCUAUUCCAGUGAUUAUGUUCGAGAAGCCCUUGCUUAAUCUCACAUUUGCCGAUCUCUUGCAAGCCACGUCCAAGUUCCACAACGACUCCCAGAUCGCUGAUGGGCGAUACGGACCGACAUUCAAGGGGACGCUACAAGGGGGCUUCAAGAUUGUCGUCAAGGUUCUCCGCGAUUGUGGCCCUGCCAACGAGUUGGAGAAAGCUGCACAGCUGGAGGCGCUGGGGAAAAUCAGGCAUGAGAAUCUGGUGUCCCUAGUGGGUUAUUGCUUAGUGGGGGGCGAGAGGCUUCUAGUUUAUGAAUUCAUGGAGAAUGCUGACGUCCACCAACGCCUUCACGACUCACCAGAUACACAUCAUCCAGAAAACUGGACGAAGGAGAAAUGGGAAGAUGCCCCCGAGCGGUUCAUCGUCCCUGAGGAGUUGGCAUGGCCAAUCCGGCACCGAAUCGCCGUCGGCGUAGCACGAGCACUUGCCUUCCUGCACCAUGGCAGCGUCCCUAGCGUAGUCCACCGCGACGUGACAACCGCCAACAUCAUGCUGGAUUCUCAGUACGAGCCCCAUUUGGCGGACUGCGGCCUUGCGGACUUGGUUGAAUCUGGGAAACAUUGUGACUCGGGGCCCUUGAUGGGUGGCUCACCAGGCUACAUCCCUCCAGAGUAUACCCAAACCUGGAAGGCCACCAGCCGCGGGGACGUUUUCAGCUUUGGCGUCGUCUUGUUGGAGCUUGUAACAGGGAAGCCUCCUACAGGUCAGUACUUCCACGAGAGCUAUGGAGGCAACUUGGUCGGUUGGGUGAGGACUUUGAUACGUGAGAAGCAGGGUUACAAGUGCUUGGACCCAAAGCUUCUGGCUACGGGCGUGGAGAGUGAGAUGCUGGAGACGCUCAGAAUUGGAUACUUGUGCACUGCGGAGCUGCCUGUCAAGCGACCCACUAUGCAGCAGGUGGUGGGAUUGCUGAAGGAUAUUCACGUUGAUGUGGUGACUUGCAUAUAAUGGCUAGGUGAUUGCUUGACACGACCAAUCAAACACAAUUCUUCAGUUAGCAUUAUUUUUCCAAAUUCACUUUUUUAUUUUUUUGUAUAGAUUUGUUAGGUGAAUUCAGAGCUGCCGUCUGAACAGAGAAUCUGUUUUAGGGACUUCGGGCAUGUUACAAUCACGGUUUUCAAGUACCAUACGCUCACACAUUACUGGAGACUUCGCUUGUACCAUCUGGAAGUAAACCAAAUCCACUAACAGCAUCUGCAUUUGUGUUCAA